GUGGACCAUGACUGAAUACAAGCUAGUUGUGGUGGGAGCUGGAGGCGUGGGGAAGAGCGCCUUGACCAUCCAACUCAUCCAGAACCACUUCGUUGACGAGUAUGACCCUACCAUUGAGGACUCAUACCGAAAGCAAGUAGUUAUCGAUGGGGAGACGUGUCUGUUGGACAUCCUCGACACGGCGGGUCAAGAGGAGUACAGUGCAAUGAGGGACCAGUACAUGAGGACAGGGGAGGGAUUCCUCUGUGUGUUCGCCAUUAACAAUACUAAGUCCUUUGAAGAUAUACACAAUUAUAGGGAACAGAUCAAGCGAGUGAAGGACUCUGAAGAUGUCCCGAUGGUGCUGGUGGGGAACAAGUGUGAUCUACCAUCCCGGACAGUGGACACCAAGCAAGCGCAGGACCUGGCGAGAAGUUACGGCAUCCCCUUCAUAGAAACUUCCGCAAAGACGAGACAGAGAGUGGAGGAUGCCUUUUAUACCCUGGUACGGGAGAUCAGGCAGUACCGGUUGACAAAACUCAGCAAGGAAGAAGAGACACCCGGCUGUGUGAAGCUUAAAAAAUGUGUAGUAAUGUGAAGGGGUGUGGACGAUGCCUUCUACACCUUAGUCCGAGAAAUCCGAAAACACAAAGAGAAGAUGAGCAAAGAGGGGAAGAAAAAGAAAAAGAAAUCCAGGACAAAGUGUAUAAUUAUGUGAAUAGGUGGCCCCCCCCUUUUGAAGAGAGCAAAUCGAGUUCUUAUGUGCUUAACUGAAAAUAACACACUUUUUGUACAUUACACUAAAUUAUUAGCCCUUUUGUUUUGCAUCAGCAAUGUUGGCUAAACUGAGCAUAUUGAGUCUCUGUAGGUUGCUUAUUAAAACUGGGUCCAUAUAAGCUUUGUUUUCUGUUGAGUGCCUGACGCCCUGGAGUAUUGGUCCUUCUCCUGGCUCUUCUGGCCGAGGGGCUUUUAUGUUUAUCGGUUCCUCUUUGAGCAGUUGCCUUGGCGGCCUUCGAGGUUUGUGACACAGGUGUCUGAAGUCAUCUGCUUUGCCUCGUUUUUAGUUAAGGCUCGCGCCUGCAAAAUCGUCCAGGCUGUCGAUUUUUUCCAAGAGUGCAGUGUCUGAAAGCGGCCUCCCUCUGGCAGUUCAGAAAGUACUUCAGCUGACCCCCACCCCACCCUCAGCUCUGUGUGGGCAUCAGGAACAACCCUCAUGGGCCUCUCAAGGCAUAUAAUAAACCACCAUGCCCUCAGUCUGUCUUUCAUGCUUCCUGGAUCAAGUGUGGGGCUGGCGGAGGGAGGUUAAUGCAUAGUAUCUUUCUUUUUCACCUCAUACAGCGGAGAGGCGUCCUUUUCAAACAGCUGUAGCUAAACGCCUCGCAGCGUUUCUCUUGGAGCGGCUGCCAGGCACAGCGUAAUACUCCGGCACAGAUUGCCUCCUCUGCCUUCUGCAGAAGUGCUGAAGCCUCGGACCAACAAGGACCAACACUCGUGGGAAGAAUUCACUCAUCCUGUAACUCCGCCCUUUUCUUUGGCUGUAAAGGGUUUUUUUUUUGGUAUAGACACGCCUAUACCAAACCUCCGCAGCAAUUUUUUUUUAACCUGUUUGAUUAUACAUUGGUUUUCUGAAAAAAGAAAAAAAAAAAAGUUCUUAUUAAUUUUAGGGGUAGAGAUAGAACUUUUAAUCCAAGAUCUAGAUAUUGUUUCCCCAGAAAAUGGUGAUACUGCUCGAAGGAGCUAUUUUUUUUUCUGACUUGCCGAAGGAUUUUUAGAAAAUGUUGAUUUAUGUUCUUCUGUUAAACCAGUAAUUCCCCCCCCCCUUUAUAGCAUUGGCUCCUCCCUGAAAUCGAGGCCUCACUCUCAGACAAUCUGGCUUUCUCCCGAGUCUGUGAUCCUCUUAGUUUUGUUUGAGUCCUGUUUCACUUCAGUUUAUCUUGUCAUGCAUUACUCUCACAUUUGCCGACAAUGUUAUUUCGAAAAGGUCCUGGAGGUUUAUCAAACGACUCUUUUUCUAUUAAUACCCACGUGCUAAACCCAAGAUGUACACUGCUGGAUUUAGAGGAAGUAGGAAGGUAAUCUAGAGGGCAUGGUUGUAUGGCCGUCUUUGGAGUUGCCUGUUGGAAAAUGCUCCAGAAAUCAGUGAUUCCCGACGGCUGUGUGACUUGACUUUUGAACCGAAUAGAGGACGGCCGGUUUUAAAAUGCUGCAGAGGAGAGGGGCCGCUAGCAUCAUGAAAAAAUGAACACGUUUCCUUCCAUGUUCAGGAACACUUGUAAUGUUAUAGUAGGUGUGUGUGUGCGCGUGCGCAUGUGUCUGUCUUUUAAUCUUUCUACCAUUUACGCGAUAGAAAUUGAGUUUGAUUGGUAUUAAGAAAUGAAUAUUCAUGCAAUAUUUGAUUGGGGGGGGGGGGGGGAAUUCUUUUGAGUGCCAACCCCAAUUGAAUUUCUUAAUUUGUACCUGAAAUGUACUUUAACAUUUGCAUUGUUCUAAUACUAGAAGGUUCACAUUUUUGUAAGUCGGGCCGCGUUAAUCUCCUUUGCUGGAACAAAAUGUUGUUUUGAUCCUUUCCUUUGUAAAAUGGGAACAGUGGUGGGUCCCCAGCAAUGUGGAAUGAAUGACCUCUGUUUAAUGCGUUUCCCGCUUAACGAGUUCUCUGUGAUGUUGCCUGGGAGGAUGUGCUACGUGGUGAGCUCAAAUUAGCCAUUAUAUUUUUGUCAUGAAUUUCACCACUCCUAUUUAAUGUAUAAUAAACAAGAAAAGAGGAA